CCAUUAUGUAGGACUAGAAAUGACAAGUAAAUGAGAUACAAAACAAAAGAAGCUUAAAAAAAACAAGUGCUUUCUUCCUCCUGCUGAAACUGCAGACUGAAGCGGCACUGGCAGCUGUGUUCACAGCAGGAGAGCAAGGUCGCAGGUUGGAGCCCUGGAUGUCUUCUGGAAGCUGCCUACUUAUUAUAAGUGACAGUCGCAUCACCUUGAAACCGGAACAAAGACAGUUUUUUUUUUUUGUUGUUGUUUUUUGGCCAGAAUUCGGCUUUGCUAGCACAAGGCGUUGGAGAAUAGUCGCCCAUACAGUGGCUGGUGGAAUUGUAGAGAAGUUUGUGGGAACAAGCCUUAGGCAAAGGGCAUUUGGCUGGAAGCUGGCUCUGCAGACUUGCCUUGCAAGUAAGCAUGUGACUCUCACCUGACUUAAUUCUCCAGGUCCCAGGGGUUCCAAGGCCAGAGAAAAGGCGCUGGGCUUGGUGGCUGGCGUGUUCAGAGUACAAAUGCAAAGACAAUCCUCUCUUUGAUAACUGGGAUGGAUUUUAAAGUAAAAAGUUUUCUAACGAAAAUAACAGACAUAUAAUCUUUGUAUUUACAUUAAGCCCGAAUGAAGGAAAGAAUGGUCCAGGAAAGAACAAAGGACGGGGUGGUGGCGGAGAAAUCUGAGUCCAGAUCCCUCCUGGCCGGGCCACUGUCUGCGUGACCUUGGGCAGGUCUCUACCGUAGUCUGCCACCUCAGGGCCUCUGCCUUCUUAUAUUCACAUAGGAGGGCGGAACUAGAUGGCCUCUUGGGGCCUUCCCAGCUCUAUUCUAUGAAUCGGCGCUCUAUUCUAUGAAUCGGCUUCCUAUUUUUGAAUUGUGUUGCGUUCAGGUGGUGCCAGAACAAUAAUGGGAGAUGGAGUGAGCGAGGGUUUGGAUUUAUGGGAGCGUCAUCUGGUGGCUGGUAGCACAAUUUGGAAAACUCCCGCCUCAUCCAACCUCUUCGCGAAGAUGAAUUCAGAGCAAGACAGAUACCCAAGCAGCUCGGAUUCUGAAGGUAAUUUUGAGACCCCUGAAGCUGAAACCCCAAUCAGAUCGCCUCUCAAGGAAUCCUGUGACUCGUCACUAGGAUUGGCAGGACCCGGGACCAAAACCCAAGAAUCACAAGAAGCUGAUGAACGACUGGUAGCUGAAGUGGUUGGAAAAUGUUCAUCUGAGAAUUGUUCUAGACCUUCAGAAAAUGAGGUAUCUCAGCAGGCUGCUGGUUCUCACUUAGUCAAGGAUUUCAAAGAAGAACCUGAACACGAUACUAGCAAAAUUUUGGUCGUGAGGCCAUUUUCAAUAGAAACCAAGAAUUCCACAGACCUCCCGGCAGCUCAGGGAACAAAAGCUGCUCAUGGCUGUGUGACUGCAGUCUCAGGUGAGGCCUUGCCCCCCAGUGCAGCCGGCGCCAUCCAGGACCAGGCAAUGACAGAAGGCAGCAUGGGGGUUACGCUUGAGGCACCCACAGAAGCUGAUCUCAAGGCCGGAAGCUCCUGUCCCGAGCCCGUGCCCUGCAGAAGCAAACUAAGAAAGCCCAAACCCAUCUCUCUAAGGAAGAAAACAAUUGGAGGAGAGUUCUCAGACCCUGAAACUGCUUUGGAAGGCACGCAUCUCUCCAAGGCAUCCUGCCAAUAUCCCGGAGAACUGGAUGGGAACACAGAUCCUUCUUUGCUAGGAGAAAUCUCAGGCUCCCUCAGUAGUGAUACCAGUGAUUUGGGGGUCGAGCUACCGGAGGAGGCAAGGAGCUCACCUCUGAAGCUUGAGUUUGAUUACACAGAAGAUGUGGAAAAUGCAGAGGCCAGGAAAGCCCUUCCAAGGAAACUUGGCAGGAAACUUGGUAACAAACUGACUCCCAAGAUACCAAAAGAUGGCAUCAGUAAGCCAGCAGGUGUAGAGCAGCCUGCAGACCCACCAAGAGAAGUACCUGUCUCUCAGGCGUCUUCUAAACUAGAUCCCAGUCAGUGGGACAACCCCAGCUUUGAUCCCUUUGGGAGCCGCUCCAUCCUGCAGAACUCCCCUCCCGUCUCCUCUAAGGGUUCCUACCACUUUGACCCAGAUAACUUUGACGAAUCCAUGGAUCCCUUUAAGCCAACUACAACUCUAACAAGCAGUGACUUUUGUUCUACCACUGGUAAUCACGUUAAUGAAAUCUUAGACUCACCCAAGAAGGCAAAGUCGCGUUUAAUAACGACUACUGAACAAGUGAAAUUUCUCUGUUUUCUGUUGAGUGGCUGUAAGGUGAAGAAAUAUGAAACUCCAUCUCUUGCUUUGGAUACAUGUUCUCAGGAUGAAGGAGCAGUGAUCUCCCAGAUUUCAGACAUUUCUAAUAGGGACGGCCAUGCUACUGACGAGGAGAAACUGGCGUCCACGUCAUGUGGUCAGAAACCGGCUGGGGCCGAGGUGAAAGGUGAGCCAGAGGAAGACCUGGAGUACUUUGAAUGUUCCAAUGUUCCCGUGUCUGCCAUAAGUCAUGCGUUUUCAUCCUCAGAAGCAGGUAUGGAGACGAGCCAGAAGACGGAGGAAGACGGAGCUGCCGUGCUCGGACAGCUGGAGUCCGCCACCACCUCGGAGAAGGCUCCCGCUCCCGUGUCUCCGGUGUCUCCGGUGUCGGUGUCGGUGUCGUGUGGCGGGGAGAGCCCCCUGGGCGGGAUCUGCCUCAGCGAGUCCGAUAAGACGGCUGUGCUCACCUUGAUCAGAGAGGAGAUCAUCACUAAAGAGAUUGAAGCAAAUGAAUGGAAGAAAAAGUAUGAAGAGACCCGACAAGAAGUCUUGGAGAUGAGGAAAAUUGUAGCUGAAUAUGAAAAGACUAUUGCUCAAAUGAUUGAAGAUGAACAAAGGACAAAUAUGACCUCUCAGAAGAGCUUCCAGCAGCUGACCAUGGAGAAGGAACAGGCCCUGGCUGACCUCAACUCUGUGGAAAGGUCCCUUUCUGAUCUCUUCAGGAGAUACGAGAACCUGAAAGGCGUUCUGGAAGGGUUCAAGAAGAAUGAAGAAGCCUUGAAAAAAUGUGCUCAGGAUUACUUGGCCAGAGUUAAACAAGAGGAACAGCGGUAUCAGGCCCUCAAAAUCCAUGCUGAAGAAAAACUAGACAAAGCCAAUGAAGAGAUUGCUCAGGUUCGGACAAAAGCAAAGGCUGAGAGUGCAGCUCUCCACGCUGGACUCCGGAAAGAGCAGAUGAAGGUGGAGUCCCUGGAAAGGGCCCUUCAGCAGAAGAACCAAGAAAUCGAAGAACUGACAAAAAUCUGUGACGAGCUGAUCGCAAAGCUGGGAAAGACUGACUGACAUUCCCCUGUUAGCUCAACAGAUCUGCAUUUGGCUGCUUCUCUCGUGACCACAAUUAUCUUGCCUUAUCCAGGAAUAAUUGUCCCUUUGCAGAGAAAAAAAAAACUAAAAAAAGCACAUGCCUACUGCUGCCUGUCCUGCUUUGCUGCCGAUGCAAUAGCCUGGAAGGAACCCUAGAGUGUUGCACAGUCUCGCGAGGAGCGUGGUCCGACAAUGCUAUGGUCUCAGUUCCCUGUCUGCAGGCUCAGUGAGACAGGCUGCUGGGUUUGGGUUUGUGAUUUCUCUACCUUCAGUUUGUUUUAAAGUCAUCUUUACUUUUCCAAGUAUGUUAAAUUUAUGGUUCUGUGGCUCCUGUUUGGGAUCAACUUUCUCUACCACCCGUCUGAUUAUUUUUGUGACCUAUUUGUUUAAUCUUUUCAUUUUCUUUUUUUUAUUUUAUUCUUCACUCAGAUACAUACUCUCAGAAUAAUCUUUUAAUUCUCAGUAUCAGUGGUUUUAUUUAAGCAGAUAGUUUGGCCUGUUGUUACUUCCAGUCUAUAAACAAGAAGGGGCUCUGGUUGCCCUUUUACGUCCACACGCUCACACACAGACGUAUAUAUUUGCAUAUGCUGCUGCUUUUUCCCCUGAAGCAUAGUCAAAUAAGAACUUCCCUACAGAAGACCGUGUUUCCUUGAAUUCUGAGCCAGAACUAAAUAGAGUCCUGGCUCAGAAUGCCAGCUUAAGACUUUGGGGGGAUUAAGGAUGUGAAGACCGAAGACUUAGGCUUUCACAUCUGGGGAGGACUUUGCCAGGACAUUUUUUUGCUCUGGUAUUGGGACAUUCCCCGGCCUUGAUGGCCACAGCCCUUUGGGCUUAGUCCCCAGACUGGGAGUCGCGGUGUCUCCUUUCUGCAUGAACAGCAGUAUGGGACUCCCUCAGUACUGGGGUUUGCUGAAUCUGCCCUUCCGUCAUUUAGUCUCCUCCGCUUCCAUUUGUUGAUGCAAAAUCAACAUUUAAUCUUUGUUAUCUUUCUGUUUUAAAUAGGCAAAGAAAGUCUACUAGUAAAAGGUGAUCUUAACGAAAAGGUAACUGUAGCCCUAUUACCAAUUAUAAGGUGAAAGAACAGUUGUUUUUUUAAUAAGUGUGAUGCAUUAUUCUUCAGGUAUUUAAAAAAAAAAAGCAAAAAUAUCCUUUCCAAUUUAAGAUAGAAUUUUUAACAAAGCAGGCAGUAAAAAAUGAUGUGAACCACUCCAGAAAUCAGCUCAUUUUGAGUAUUUUUGAACAAAACACAAUUUGAAUACUGGGGAGGGGAGUGCAGGGAGAAGGCCUUUACUAACAAAACCAAAUUCCUCGACUCUUACUGGACUCAUUUCAGAGUGGUGGGACAUUAACCCUAAAAUGAAAAUUUUCCAUGUAAUGCCAGUGAAUUCCCUUCCAUUUGACAGGCAAAACCAAAUCCAUGCAAGUGUUCUAAAGCACUCUUUUGUCUUAAUCUUACACCCUGAAAGUCCUCCAUAAAGUGAUAUGCACUAUAUUCAGUACAUGUAUGUUUUCCUACUCUUCUUGUAAAACUGUUGCAUGAUCCAACUUCAGCAAUGAAUUGUGCCUAGUGGAGAACCUCUAUAGAUCUUAAAAAAUGAAUUUUUCUUUAGCAGUGUAUUAUUCACAUGGGUGCAAUCUUUAGCCCCAGGGAGGUCAAUAAUGUCUUUUAAAGCCAGAAGUCACGUUUUACCAAUAUGCAUUUAUCAUAAUUGGUGCUUAGGCUGUAUUUUAAAGCCUAUUGUCUUAACAUUUUGUACAAAAAAGAACAACAGAAAGUAUCUGUGGUUUGAGAAUUGGCUUGACAAUCAUUUGGGCUUUGAAAGCAGUUCACUGUGGUUUAAUGUGAAUGCUGUACUAAUAGUCAUAGUAUCAAGUACAAGUGUCUCCUGCUGGUGUAACUGAUUUCUUUUCUAAGUCCUCUACUACUAAGGAAAUUAAUCUUGUGUUUUGCAAAAAGAAACCUUGAUUGCUAAACCUUUUUGCUGCUGUAUUUUGGUGACAUGUCCAUGUUUACUUGUUUUAUACUGAUCUGCUUUAAGUAUGAAAGGCAUGUAGUGGUCUCCACUAUAAAUCCUUAGUCCUCUUUUUAAGUUUAUUGUGUAUAAAGAAAGUAGCCAUGUGUUAAAACAGAGUAACAACAAUCCUUCCCCAGCAUACUGGUAGAAAAGACACCUUAAAAACUCCACCUUACUGAGGGGAGCUGACACACGAGGUGUACCAAGGCCCUUGCUAAGUUGUGUCUGCCGCCAGCUCCUCGGCCACGACCGUUACAAGGAAAGGUCCACCGUUCUAACUUAAUAAAUGGACACUCUCCAGUUAGGGAAGAAAUGCAGCUUUUACAGCUGGUAAGUCAAGAUUAAGCACUGGGCAGUAUGAAACGUGUGUGUUUUUCUUAAAAAAUGGAAAAAAAAACCUUUUUAGAACUCCGGAGAGUAAGAUUAUAAUAUAGAAUUUGCUUUAACACAUGUGACGGCCACUUAGUUUGCGAGGCAAUAAAAACCCUGUUCCAAAAAGGGAAAUGGCAGGAAGCUGCUGGCUGGGGCAGCGAUUUGGGAAUAUUAGGUGUUUUUUCUGAGACUCUGGUCAGGAUUCGGAGGCAUCUCUCUAGCUUUUGACUUUGCCAAAGCAUAGACGGCCUUUGUCUGACAGUGCUUCAGUUGGAGGAUUUGCUGGGAGUCAGACUGCAGUUUCCCAUUGGCCUGGCUCGACUGUCAGCUACAGUCAGAGCUCCCGAGACUGACUUUAUUUGGAGAAGCUCCCUGAAGCCGGUGACCUACCCAAACCUUUCGUUCUGUCAGACUGUUCUGGAAAUAUUGAGAAGCCUAGUUUUCUCACGUGGCUUCUAGCUCCUUCAGACUCAGCCCAAAUUAGGAAGCACAGAAGCCCAUGGCGGUGAGAAACUGAGGAUUUGGCAGCCUUCCCGAUGGUGUGGAAUCUAAGGGAGGCUUGUGUUUGGUUUUGGAGGAAAGCGCACAUUGAAUUUCCUCUCCCGCCAGUUCCCCUUUCUGCCUGUCCCAUACUUUGUGUAACUCCACACAGAUACUUAGAUAUUUGUUAGACAGCUUGAGUUAGUUCUAACUAUAAACAGGGAGAAUAACGGCCCCCAGCGUGCCUGGGCUGACUGAAGUGGCCAGAUUGAAGCACUUACUUUCAGUCAAGGUAGCAAAGGGCUCGGCGGUGGCUCUAAAGCUCACAAAGGGGUUUUUUUUAAGAGCAAAGCAUUGGUAAGUCCUGUGUACACUGAGUUGGACGUGAUUCAGCACAUCCAUUUUUAGUGGAGUAAAAGUUCCAAAGCUCCCCUUUAUUUCCUUUUGGUUUUUCACUUGAAUUGGUAGCCGUCUCAUGAAUUGUUCAUGCCUGUUGUCUCUUUGUAGUUGUGGGACUGUGAGCUUGCCCUCAGACCUGUGUUUCCGACCGUAUUCUCUUGGGAAAAGAGAAAUGAGGUGUUGAAAGAUAUUAAAUGAUUCACGAAAAGGAUUUUAAAGUAAAGAUGUAUAUAUUCUGAAGAAUUGAAAAGAUAACAUUAUUUGCUUAUUAAAGAACAAAUAUAGUCUGGGAAUCCCAGAAUGUCAAGCCAAAGGUCUAAGAAGUCAUCUUCAAAUAUUUUAAUAAAGAAGUAUUUUGAGGAGACAUCUAUCCAAAAAGGUUUGACUGGCCUCCAGAUUCCAGUUAUUUUUAAAAAGCAAUUUACCACUAAAUCCUUGAGUCUCCCGUGUAGUCAAGUUAAAGAGACUGAGUCUUAUCUCCAAGGCUGUCCUCUGGAAGCUAAUGCAGAUGGGAGCGUUCCCCAGUGAAGACCCACUCCCUGGCGCCAGAGCUUGCAUUCGGGAGACUAAAGAUUGCACUUUUCAUAGUUUUUUCGUCCAAAUGCAAUCCCAUUUCUGUGCCUCUUAGCAUGCAGUUAGAUUUGGACAAAAAAGAUUCCUAAGGAAUGACUUUAUUAACUGUAAUAUGGUUACAGCUGUUAUAUAAAUGUAUAUUCUGGUUACAGUCCUGACACGGAGACAUUGCGUGCAGUGCUGGCUGUGGCGUGUGUACCGGGCUUCAGCGCGCACAGGAGGCAGGCUCAGAGCUGAGGAGUGGCCCGAACCGAACCUUCCCUGUGUCGGUCCUUCACUUUAGAGCCCGCAAGAGGCCUCUUUCUGCCCCUCUGCCAUUCAGUGGUGUCUGAAACAGACUCCAGAAAAGUAUUUCCUAAUCACAUCGUUAACCGAUAAUCUAUAUUCAUGAAAGGAUUUUCAAAUGGACAUACGGAAGUUUCGGACUCUGAAAGCGCCCCCAGUCCAGACACAGGGCAGCGUGUAGGUAGCCACGCCACAGCCUCAGCCCUUCCCCGCGUCGGGAGAGGAUCCGAGCGUUUCCUUUCCACCCCAGAGGCGGCAGCGAACUUCUCAGUGUUGCUGUUAGCGAGUGUGUGUUUGCCAAUAGAUCCCCUUGUACCGCGUGCCAGCGAGUCACUGUCCAUUGCACAUCUGCUUCCACCGUGCCCCGCGGGCGCCGCGGAGCGAGUGAGGAGCCUCCCGUCCGCAGAGACGGCGCUGCACUGGCCUCUGCGGUCAGGAGUGCGGCGUGUGGAACAGUCAUCUACGAAGAUUUUUUAUGCACAGUAAUUUCCCUUUUUAUAUGUCAAGUAAAUAUUUGUAAAAGUUAUACUCACACAAAUUAUUAUAAUGAUUACUAAUAUAUUUUUUUCCAUGUUUCAUUGCCUGAAUAAAAACUGUUUACCACUGUUA